GCAAAAGCAUAGCUUAUUUCAUCAGCUUCUUGCUAACUAAUCCAUGGCCAAAGAAGGAGAGCACAGCACGUUCCAUGCAAAGGACUACGUCGACCCUCCACCGGCGCCGUUGUUCGAUGCAUCGGAGCUCAAGAAAUGGUCAUUUUACAGGGCACUGAUAGCCGAGUUCAUCGCAACUUUGCUCUUCCUUUACAUCACGGUCUUGACCGUGAUCGGAUACAAGAGCCAAGCCGAUACCAGCACCGACUCGUGUGCCGGUGUCGGUAUUCUUGGUAUCGCUUGGGCCUUCGGUGGCAUGAUCUUCGUCCUCGUUUACUGCACUGCUGGGAUUUCCGGUGGUCACAUUAAUCCGGCGGUGACAUUUGGUCUGUUAUUGGCUCGCAAGGUCUCGUUGGUUCGAGCCAUUGCUUACAUGGUGGCUCAGUCUUUGGGAGCCAUUUGUGGGGUUGGUUUGGUUAAGGCUUUCCAGUCAUCGUACUACAACAGAUACGGAGGUGGAGCCAACACUCUUGCUGAUGGGUACAGUUCCGGAACUGGUUUGGGCGCUGAAAUUAUUGGAACCUUUGUUUUGGUUUACACUGUUUUCUCUGCUACUGAUCCCAAGAGGAAGGCUCGAGACUCCCAUGUCCCUGUAUUGGCUCCACUUCCCAUUGGAUUUACCGUAUUCAUGGUUCACUUGGCUACCAUCCCAAUCACUGGCACUGGCAUCAACCCUGCUAGGAGCAUUGGAGCUGCUGUUAUCUUCAAUAACGACAAGGCUUGGGAUGAUCAUUGGAUCUUCUGGGUUGGACCCAUGGUUGGAGCAGCCAUUGCAGCAUUCUACCACCAAUUCAUCUUGAGAGCAGGAGCUGUCAAGGCACUUGGCUCAUUCAGAAGCCAAACCCAUGUUUGAUUUCAUGCACCGAAACCAUAUAUAAUUUAGUAGGGAAAAUGUGGAGAAUAAUGUGGGAAUUAGGGUUUAUGGUUUGUGUAUGUUCAAGUGUCCUUUCAAAGGGCCCCUCCCUUUCUUCUUCAACAUUUCCUUUGGGUGAAGUUGAAAAAGAAACCUAAGGGUAUAAUGAAAAUGUAGAUAAACUACUCUUUUGAGAAGUGUGGGGUGGGAGGGCUUUUCAAGUACUUACUUUCCUUAAAAUUCAUUUUAGCUCUUGUUUUGUACCAAGUUUAUGCUUUUAAGAAAAGUGUUGGACUUUGUUGUCUUUUAUUUUAAU